AUGGAAGACUCCUUGGUGAUUGAUAGGCGGAAGCUUUUCACAGCCGCUAUGGAUGGCGAUGUAGGCUUCUUGGAGGAAGCACGAAACAAAGAGAUAGAAAAUGGUGAAGGCUACUUUUUGAGGCAAACCUCAUCUGAUAAGUACAAUAUUCUUCACAUUGCAAUCAAAUAUCGGCAAUAUGAGUUUAUUAAGAAAGUAUUUGUAGUAACUGAUAAGCUGAUUAAUCAGCGGGACAAUGACGAGAAUACCCCUCUUCAUGCAGCGGCAGAGGAAGGCCACAUCGAGGCAUUCGAGCUGCUCCUUGAAUAUGGAAAGGGGCAGCAGGAGGCCAACAUGGAGACGAAGCCGCUGGAUUGGAGUAUCCAGAAUAAAGAAGGAAACACGCCGUUGCAUGUUGCACUUAUCAAACGCAAGAUUAAGGCUGCUGAAUGGUUGGUGAAGCAGCAACCUGAGGUGGCUGGUGUCACCAACAAUGAUGGGAACACCCCUCUUCAUGUUGCCGCAGAGGUGGACGCCGUGGACUUUUUCAAGGUGUUCAUUGAUGAAGAUGUACAAUGGCAACCGACAUUGAGGGUGCAGAAUAAAGAAGGCAACACGCCGUUACAUGUUGCAAUUAUCAAUUACAAUUGGAAUGAGACUGCUACAUUGUUGCUGAAGGAGGAUCCUGAGCUUGCUCGUGUCACCAAUAAAUCCAUGGAGACGCCUCUUCAUCUUGCAAUUAUCAAAUUUCCAAUUUUUGGUAACUACUCGAUGUCUCUGCUCUCACUAAUAUAA